UAGCUAUACACAUCUCAUCCUUUCCUACAUACCAAAUUAGCAAUAAAAUAUCCCUUGCAAAAAAUAAAGACAUGGACAAAAUGUUGUACAUGAUCGUCUUUAGUGCUUUAGCCAUCACAAGUAUGGUGCACGAAACGGCAGCACAAACGGUGCAUGUGGUAGGGGACACCAUGGGUUGGAUCGUACCAAGCAAUGGCGCGGUAGCUUACGAGAACUGGGCUGAUGAUAAAACAUUCAGAGUUGGCGAUACUCUAGUGUUCAAUUUUACGACCGGUCGACAUGACGUGCUACAAGUACAAGAAACUUCGUUCGAUGGAUGCAAUUCGCGGAAUGCUAUAGGCACUGCAAUUAUGACCGGACCAGCAAAUAUAACUCUUACUUCUACUGGAGAUCACUAUUUCAUUUGUACUUUUGGCACACACUGUCAAGGUGGACAGAAAUUAGAAAUUUCAGUUUCCGACGACAGCACCAGAACUCCAGGUACCAACCCACCUCCACGGUCUGUUGAUGGACCUACAGGUUCCGUUCCCGGUGGUAUUGUUCCUCCUCCUCCUUCGUCUUCAACGACCGUAUUGGCUAGUUUUCUGCUCAGUCUAUCCGCAAUUGCAUUGGUCAUUUUUCAUUAAAUUGGAUGAUUUAAGUAUGUUUUGAGAUUCAUAUAGUUUAUAUACUGCGAUGUAACCAUACUAGAUUGUAUUGUAUUCAGUUUUGUUUUAAUUGAUCAUUGUAUUUGGGAUAUUUUACGAGUUAAAGGUUAAAUAAAGGUUGUAUUAUACUCUA